AUGUUCUGCGUGGCGGCGCGCAGGCGCGCGUUCAGCAUCUUGCGGCGCUCGUCGUCGCUGGCGCGCGCCGGCUCCUCGCCGGGGGCGGGCGGCGGCGGCAGCGGAGGCAGCGGCACCAGCGCCAGCGACGCCGUCACCGACGCCGCCCCCGACAGCGGCGUCGACGGCGGCUGCUGCUGCUGCUGUGGCGCCGACGGCGACGCCGGGGUGGAGGGCGGCGCGGGAGGGGCCGGGGCCACUUGCAGCGCCGGGGGCGGCAGCGAGGUGGCGCGCUGCGAGCGGCGAACGCAGGACGCGACGCGGCGGCGCGUGGGCGGGCGGGACGUCUUCGACUCCGUCGCCUUCGCCUCCGACGCCUGCUUCACCUUCGCCGUUUGCAACAGGCGGCAUUAUUACACUGAACAACCCAAACAAACUGGCACAGCCAUGCGUGUUAAAAUAAAGAGAUCUAGAACCAAUAAGAAUACGGCGCUCCGGUCGGAAACGACUAUUUGUGGCAGAACCGAAAUUGAAGAGAUUGUUGAAGAAGAUGAUUAUGAGUUUGUGGUUUUGUGGUUUCAACAGGAUAGUGCUACUACACAUACAGCUCGAAAAGGACUUCAUGCUUUGAGAGAAAUGUUUCCGGGGCGUCUAGUCUCUUUGAGGGUGGUACGAAUCACGGGAUUCCUUCAUGAGCAAGUCGUGUCGCCGCAAGUCAGUCGUGGUGUGAAGGUUACCUGCUUGCGCACCGCGCCCAGGCGCCUGGUGGCGGCCUGCAGGUCGGCGCGGCGGCACAGCGGUGCGUGCCUGGGCAGGCGCGUGGGGGCGUGCGCGAGCGUGGACGAGGUGGUGGGCGAGGGCGUGCCCUCCACGGCCACGAUGGAGCCCUCAGAGCCCUCCCCGGCCGACCAGUCCUCCGAGGACACCUCCGACGCCUCGGAGCGGCGCGCCAGCAGCAGGUCGCGCGGCGUCAGCACCAUCGUCGAUUGAUGCCAACGAUAUGCGAACGACUAACCACCAAGCAUGUAAGCAAGAUCUCUGUCACAGAGCGCUGCUAAUUCAAGAAUAGAAGUGAAAAUUGAUUUUCUAUUAACUAUGCUAUAUAGUUAAUAGAAUAUAUGAAUAUUUUAUCAAUACGUUAAUGAAGAAGAUAAAAUAUUUUUGAUUAAGCAACCAAAAUGUAUUCCGCUUCUAUAAAAAAAGUAGUGAA